AUGUACAGUACUUCUGCCAAAGUUGUUAUCUCUAAAUUAAGGGAGCUAUUUGCACGAUUUGGUUUGCCAUUGCAAAUAGUAACAGAUAACGGUCCGCCUUUCACAUCGCUAGAAUUGACAAAAUAUUUCAAUAAAAUGGCAUUUUACAUUUUCCCACCAGCCCGUAUAGACCAAAAAGCAACGGAGCUGCUGAAAAUGCCGUUAAAACAGUUAAAAACUGUAUUAAAAAAGCUUAUCACGAGGGGGCAAAUAUCAAACAAGCACUGUGUAAAAUGCUGUUCCAAUAUAGGAAUUGUGAACAUGCUGCGACGGGCGUUGCGUCCGCAGUUGCAUUGCUAG